ACACUCCGAGCUCAUCCCAUUCGGUUCGAUCAGUAUUGUCUGUGCGACCGAGAACCAGCAAGUGUUCUCUUCGAUAUUUCAAUCAAUUUAAAUAUAUAUAUUUGACGAAGAGUAAACUAAUUUAAUCUUGCGUCGGAGCACUAUUAUUCUGCCAUUUACAAAGACUAAAGGAUCGUUUUAAAACCAGACUAAUUAUCGCUAUGUAGAUGUCUCGGUUGGAGUACUAGGAACGGGAGGACACUGAUCUGUGUUCCAAGAUGAGUGGGACCAACGCGGCGUCUGGAGCGGCGCCCUGCCGCUUCGCUCACUACUUUGCGAUAUGCGGAAUAGACACCGAAACUGGGCUGGAACCGGACGAAUUAGCCGCUUUGUACCAAUGGCUAGAGGCUGACCGCCAAGGCAGGGACCCCGAUACAGCAGCCGCAGGGGAGAACUUUGAGCAGAGCCCCCUGAAGAGGACGUUUAAGUCUAAAGUCCUGGCCCACUACCCUGAGAACGUUGAGUGGAGCCCUUUCGACCAGGAUGCUGUCAACAUGCUCUGUAUGCCCAAAGGCCUGUCGUUCAGGACACAGGCAGACAGCCGCGAGCCCCAGUUCCACUCCUUCCUGAUCACGCGGGAGGACGGCUCUCGCACCUACGGCUUCGUCCACACCUUCUACGAGGAGGUGACGUCGCCUCAGAUCUGCUCGGCCAUGCAGACCCUCUACCAGAUGCAUCAGGCUGAGAACCCUUCCUCCGCCACCCCCUCCUCCUCUUCCUCCUCCAGCAUGGACUCUCUGGCUAGCAGCCUCGACGAAGCAGAUUCUCCAUCUUCCUCCUCGUGCCGGUCGGCGGCGUGCGGCGGCUACGACGCGUCGCGGGACACCCUCUACGUCUCCAAGGCGUUGUGUCUGAUCACGCCCAUGCCCUUCAUGCACGGCUGCCGCCGUUUCCUGUCCCAGAUGCACCGGGCCGUCACGGCCGCCUCGCCCCCGCCCCUCCCCCUGGAGAGCUACGUGCACAACAUCCUGUACGAGGUGCCCCUGCCCCCCCCGGGGCGCUCGCUGAAGUUCCACGGGGUGUACGAGCCCAUCGUGUGUCAGCGUCCUGGGCCCGGGGAGCUGCCUCUGGCUGACUUCCCUCUGGGCCAGACCUUCACUCUGCUGGGGGUAGAGAACCUGGUGCAGCUGUUCAACUGUACCCUGCUGGAGAUGCAGAUUCUGCUCUACUCACAGGACUACCAGCGGUUGAUGACAGUUGCGGAGGGCAUCACCACCCUGCUCUUCCCGUUCCAGUGGCAGCAUGUCUAUGUGCCCAUCCUACCCGCCUCACUGCUGCACUUCCUGGAUGCCCCCGUGCCCUACCUCAUGGGCCUGCAGUCCAAGGAGGGCACCGACCGCUCCAAACUAGAGCUGCCACAGGAGGCUAACCUGUGCUUCGUGGACAUUGACAACCACUGUAUCGAGCUGCCUGAGGACUUCCCCCAGUUCCCUAACAAACCAGAGUUCAUCCAGGAGCUCAGUGAAGUCCUCCUCCGCUAUGGAAUAUCCCCAGUGGGGGGCGCUCCUCCAACCUCUGUCCCCACCACCACCACCACCCCUGGGUCUGUCUCUACCCGUCACCCUGGUCUGAAGAGCCAACAGGCCCUGAGGGAGCUAGAGGAUGAUGGGAGGAAUGGGAACCUAGGAGGGGAACAGUUAGCUGUGUUGGAGCUUCUCCAAGGGAACGCGACUCUGGAAAGACUCCAGGCUCUGGCUAAGAGAACGGGGGUCCGUGUGGAAGCCCUGAGGGGGGUAGGGGGUGAGGGAGAGGGCCAGGGGGGGAGGACUGCAGUCGAAGAGGAGGAGCUGAGGAACGCUAAGCUGAAUGUACAGCUGAGGGAGGUGUUCGCUAGCAGGUUUACCACAAUGUUUGCGGACUAUGAGGCCUUCGUCAUCCAAAGCGCUCCGGAUCUGGAGUCCUGGCUCACCAACCGAGAGCAGAUGCACAACUUUGAUAAGGCAUCCUUCCUGUCUGACCAGCCGGAGCCCUACCUGCCCUUCCUGUCCCACUUCAUCGAGACCCAGAUGUUCGCCACCUUCAUCGACAACAAGAUCAUGUCCCAAUGGGAGGAGAAGGAGCCGCUGCUCCGCGUGUUCGACGGACGCAUCGAUAAAGCUCGUCUAUACAAUGUUAGAGCCCCAAGUCUGAGAUCCUCCAACUACCAGAGGUGCACCGUCCUCAAGGAGUCGGCCCAGGCCAUCGAACAGCGGCUGAUGAAGAUCGACCACACAGCCAUCCACCCCCACCUGUUGGAUAUGAAGAUUGGACAGGGCAAAUAUGAACAGGGCUUCUUCCCCAAGCUGCAGUCUGACGUGCUCUCAGUCGGACCCACCAAUAACAAGUGGUCCAAUCGUACUGCUACGGCUCAGCGUAGGAAAGACCGUCACAGACAACAAACAGAACACCUGACUCUAGAAAACGACCUCAAAGAGAAGUACAUGCAGGAGGCUCGGAGCCUGGGGAAGAACCUCCGUCAGCCCAAGCUGUCUGACCUCUCGCCUGCCGUCAUCGCUCAGACCAACUGGAAGUUUGUAGAGGGACUACUCAAGGAGUGUCGCAUGAAGACUAAGCGUAUGUUGGUGGAGAAGAUGGGCAGGGAGGCGGUGGAGCUGGGUCAUGGGGAGGCCAACAUCACAGGUCUGGAGGAGAACAUCAAAUCAAAUCAAAUCAAAUUUAUUUAUAUAUCGUACAUCAGCUGAUAUCUCUCCCUCUGUGACCUGCUGGAGAGGAUCUGGAGCCACGGCCUACAGGUCAAACAGGGGAAGUCAGCUCUGUGGUCCCAUCUUCUGCACUACCAGGCCAGAGAGGAGAAACUGGAGCAGCAUCAGGCAGAGUCACCAGUGUCAAAUGGUCCAGAGAGACGAAAGUCUGAGUCGUCAAUAGGGAUGCCAUCACUGCGAGCGUCCGUCAUACAGGAUAUGAGGCACAUCCAGAGUAUGGGGGAGAUAAAGACUGAUGUGGGCAGAGCGAGGGCCUGGAUCCGUCUUUCUCUGGAGAAGAAGCUACUCUCCCAACACCUCAAACAGCUGCUGUCCCGCCAAGCCUUAACCAAGAAGUUGUAUAAGCGCUACGCCUUCCUGCGCUGUGAGGAGGAGAAGGAGCAGUUCCUGUUUCACCUGCUCUCCCUCAACACUGUCGACUACUUUUGUUUCACCAGUGUCUUCACCACCAUCAUGAUCCCGUACCGCGCCGUCAUCAUCCCCAUCAAGAAGCUGAGCAACGCCAUGACGACCUCCAACCCGUGGGUGUGUGUGUCGGGUGAGCUGGGUGACUCGGGCGUCAGGCAGAUCACCAAGAACAUCCUGGAGAUGACCUUCGAUUGUCAAAACCUGGGUAAGCUGACGACAGUCCAGUUGGGACAUGAUAACUCUGGGCUGCUGGCUAAAUGGUUGGUGGACUGUGUCAUGGUCCGCAACGAGAUCACAGGACACACCUACAAGUUCCCGUGUGGGCGGUGGCUUGGCAAAGGCGUGGACGACGGCAGUCUGGAGCGCGUUCUGAUUGGUGAGCUGGCGUUGCCCAACGCCGAUGAGGAUUUUGGGAGAGGGUGUCGCACGCCUGACAUGCAGCAUUCGCCGGGUCAGACCAGACGUGUCAGCAUCACCUCGAUGGGAGGACGCGGAUACAAGCCCACCUCAGCUCAAAUCCAGGAGGCCAUCGGCGAGGCAGUGAACUGCAUCUGCAAGCACUUCCACAAGCCUGAGAAAGAGAGGGGCAGUCUGACCAUCCUGCUGUGUGGUGAGGUCGGUCUGGUCGGGGCUCUGGAGCUGUUCUUCCACAACGGCUUCAAGUCCGCCCGCCUCUUCCAGAAGACUGUCUUUGUCUGGGACUUUGUGGAGAAGGCGGUGGCUUACAUGGAGUCAGCAGACCAGAUGGGGGACAUGCAGGAGACUGCUGAGCCCCUGGGCCUGACCUGUGUCUCUCUCUGUCACUAUGUCAGUGCCAUCAACUCCUCGCCCAGGAACAUUGGCAAGGACGGCAAGUUCCAGCUGCUUGUCUGCCUGGGGGCCAGAGAUCGUCUACUGAUUCAGUGGCUCCCUCUGUUGGUGGAGUGUCCAGUGAUCCAGCGGAUGUACGAGGAGUCUGCUCUGCUGCGGGACCGGACCACAGUCAAUGCUCUCAUCGCUGUCCUGCAGACCCUCCACGACUUCCCCAUCACCCUGGAGGCCUCGCUUGUCAAGGGCAUCGACCUUUAACCCCUACCGCACAGCCUGCUGGGAAACCACCCAGCCCGUGACUACAUUACCCACAAACCCUUUUGCCCUUUCACUGUUGUUGUUGAGGCAUGCUUCAGCUGAUUCAGCUGAUUCACUCUGGGAAAAGUCACCUCAUAGGGAGGAAGUAGGAAGUGAGGACUAUGUAAAGAGACGAGAUGGUUCGCUACCAAAGCAAUUGAUUCCACUGCUGCAGAGCAGAAGCUUGGGCUUUGGAUCAUUGAGUGAUGAUGCAGUAUUAUUAUUACGUAGUUUGUGGUUUUGAAAACUAUCCUUUUUGAUAUUUAGUAAGAAGGGACUGUUUUUAAAGAAAACCCAUGGAUGUUUCACUAUGUGCUAGAUGUGUGUAGCCCACUGUAGGUAGCUCUUCAAUGGACACUUAGCCUGUGUGAUGGAGAUCCUAUCUCUCUGUCUGCUGGAUCCUGCUCCAACUUCAGCUAGCGUUAGCAAGCAUGCCUGUGGAUCAUAGACAGCCAGGAAAAAGGAAACCAAAACAGAAGGUGACUGUUUGCCCCUGCUGCCUCUCCAUAGUCUCUGCACUGGGAAUAUCUGUGGGUGAAACCUCAUCAUUUGGAUGAAGAUGACAACAAAGGAAAGGAGAACUGGAUUCAUCUGCUUUCAGCACUACACUGAGUUGUGUGUAACGCAGAUUUGUGAUUGGAUGUUGGCUCAUUUCUCUGUUGGACUGGAUUCACCUACUGUGUUGGACUGAACAUUUGCUCUGCUUUGAGAUUGGCUAGCAGAUCUUGGUGGACACAACCACUGCACUGGAUUGGAUAGGUCUUUCCUAGGAGGACAGCGGCUUUUCUAGGGUUGCGUGGACAUUCCAACCAAAUUACCGGCAUUGACCUGACCCUAUUUCAAACUGUGUGUGUGUGUGUGUACAGAGUGUCCAAAACCAUUAAGAACACCUUCCUAAUAUUGAGAUUUGGGGCACCUCCCCCUUUUGCCCUCAGAACAGCCUGAAUUCAUCGGGGCAUGGACUAUACAAGGCGUGAAAUGUUCCACAUGUUGACUACAAUGCUUCCCACAGUUGUCAAGUUGGCUGGAUGACCUUUGGGUGGUGAACCAUUCUUGAUACACAUGGGAAACUGUUGAGUGUGAAAAACCCAGCAGUAUUGCAGUUCUUGACACGACCCAGAGCGCCUGGCACCUGCUACCAUACCUUCAAAGAACUGUAAAUAUUUUGUCUCGCACAUUCACCUUCUGAAUGGCACACGUAUAUAAUCCAUAUCUCAAUUGUCUCAAGGCUUAAAAAUCAUUGUUUAACCUGUUUCCUCCCCUUUAUCUACACUGAUCGAAGUGGAUUUAACAAGUGACAUCAAUAAGGGAUCAUAGCUUUCACCUGGAUUGACCUGGUCAGUCUGUCAUGGAAAGAGCAGGUGUUGGUAAUGUUUUGUACACUCAGUGAAUGUCUUCUGUUAUUUUUAUAUUAUGAAUUGUAAUGGUCAAUGAAUUCAAUUUCAUCCUGGUUUCUGUCAUGCACAGUUGUGUGUGUGUGUGUGUGGUCUGUCAGAUCUGUGUGAUUGUUGAUCUCAAAUGGACAUUUUAGGACAGUUUCCUAAUCUUGACAAGCAUCACUCUGUGUGGUAUUGAAAUGUUCCAGCCCCUUAUUUAAUGUGAUACAUGUGAAAUACACUGGAAUAUAAAACAAUAAGAACCUAACCAUGCGACCCCUAAUGAUGUAUUUAUCAUAAAUGCCUCAAACCUUCCUGUGAUAAGUGGUUCUUUUCUGGUGAGUGUUAACUCCUUCUGGGACUAUUUCUAGCUGGUUGUAUUUUUCAAUCUAAAAUAGAUCCCUUGCCACUUUUUCAAUCAACCUUGAUGAAUAUGUUCCUAUAUUUCUGUAACAACAAGUGUAAAUAUGACGUUUAUGCAUGUGUACUAAAAAAAGGGUGAUCAAAAUACCAGACAAUGGAUUUGAACCCAACCAAAAGGGAAAACAACUGACAGAUUCCUAAUUACAAUUUUAACUCAGUGUUUCAACCACAGUACUUAUGGUUCGUUUCCCCCCCCCAGUAUUAACCCAGAAAAGGACAGAGCAUUUGUUCUUAAUGUUCUGAUUUGAUGUAUUUAUUCUUAGAAACUGUGGUAGUGAUCAAGAAACUUUGAGACACUGUUUGCGAUGGGGGCAAAGAGCCGCCUGUGAAAUAUUUGGAAAUGUCAUUCUGUAUGUUGAUCCUUGUGACUUUCUGUAACAUUCACAGUUUGGUCCUGCGACUAGGUUCCUACUGUCUUAUGUAUCACGGAUUCCAACAAUAACAAACCUAUCUACCUGUAUGUAUAAGAAGCCACAAACGUAGGAGGAUGAUCGACCAUAUGUAUAGGUGUUUUUAGUGCGUUGCUGUGAGAAAGGUGUCUGUCUAGUGGAGAGAGAAUAGGGUCCCUCUUUGCAUCUCCUAAAGUGCUACUUCAUGCGGUGUACUCUGCUACUCGGCUGUAUACUUUCUCUUAACACACUGCUACAGCUAGACUCGUUCAGUAGUCCUGUACUUUACUUCUGUCUUUGUGGAAUAUCCGUCCUAAUGUUACCAGGUAGGCAAUGCGACUACUCAACCUUUCCUUUCUCACAAGUGCAGACGUAAACUGUAUGUCCAGCGGGAGGAGAUCAUGUAAUGAAUGGAGUCCUAUGUCCAUAUAAGAGUCAAUGAUCACUGUUCUGUUCUGAUAUUUAUGAUGCGCUUCAUUAAACAUUUGCUCAAUAUGUUAAACUGUU